GACGACAAGACUCUUCUUGUGUUCUUCGCUGACACAUGUAAACCUCGGGGCAGCAGGUGCGCGCUCGUCGCGAUGGAUUCGAAAAGGAGCUGGGCAGUGGCAGUGGCCUGCUGCUGGAUUAAUGCCUUCUCACUGCUUACGAUUCGAUCGGCGUCUGUCAUCUACGUGGAAAUCCUACAGACAUUCAGCGUCACCAGAGAACAAGCUUCGUGGCCACUCAGUUUAAUCACUGUGUUUUACUGUCUCGUCGGGCCCAUUGUAGGAGCUCUGGCAAACUACAUCGCAAUUGACAAAUUGAUAUCAGUGGGAUGUCUGGCAAGCGGAUUGGCAGUUGCGGCCUGCUACUUCGCCAACGGCAUUUCGUACCUUAUCUUCUUCUUGGGAGUCACACAAGGUUGUGCCCUCGGUCUCUUAUGUCUAUGCAACACCGCCAUCAGUCAACACUUUCGUCGCUAUAGGGCAGUGGCUUCGGGAAUCAGCAACGCCGGGUUCUGCAUUGGCGGGCUCAUUUUGCCACCGUUGGUUCAGUUAAUAUUUGAUGAGUAUGGCUGUAGAGGAGCCCUGCUGAUCUGCGGUGCAGUCAUGCUCAAUGCGACCGCUGGGGCUAUCUUAACACGGUCUCCUUACGAGCCAAUCGUGAAACCUGAAUGCUCUUGCCAGAGGAACGCAUCUCCAAAUGAUACUCUCCUCUCAAAAGUGAAUCUCCCAGAUUUACUUACUGUUGACAGCAAGCAAAAAGAGGUGUGUCAAACAAAUGUUAUUUCAUCACCCGGGGAGUCAGAUUGGAAAACGCCUGAAGAAUCUCAACGAGAAAACACAGUCUCUUUGGCGAGAAACGGCACCGUUGUAGAAGUUGAAAAAAAAGGACUUCAGUACCCACACGAAAUGUGCAAAACAAUAACAACCGAAGGCGAACAUCCUUCAGAUCAACUCGGACAGUUUUGUACAAACUUCCCACUCGCGUCAAAGAUCAAAUACGAAAAAGUGACCGGUCCAGGACGAAACGACAGGCUCCAGAGGCUUGGCUUCCUCUUAUCCCCCAAGUUCUACCUCAUUGCGUUCUCAGUUAUGCAAAUCUGGUUCAAUGUGACGGCCUACCUGACGAUCAUCGUAGACUUCGCGACCGAUCGAAACAUUUCUAGGUGGAACGCUGUCUUCCUUGCGACCUUCAUCACCGCGGCUGACCUUGUAGCGAGACUCGGUUCUGGAUUCAUUACCGACAGAGGUCUUCUGGGGAAAAACGCUAUGAUGGCAACGCAUCUUCUGCUCUGGGCGGCCACGUUGUAUCUGACACCACUCUGCAGUUCCUACGCCUGCUACGUCCUUACGGCCAUCGUCAUGGGCUGGUGUGGCGGUGCAACGUUCAUCUUGACGGCAGUCUUCUUUAUGGAACUUGUCGACCCUGAUGCCUUCAGCAUGUGCAUCGGCGUAGCCUCCUUUGUUGGCGGGCUCCCGCUAUUGGCCAGGCCACCGCUGAUCGGAUAUUACAGGGAUACUUUGGGCGACUACGAAGGCCUCUUUCACCUUCAAGGGACGGCAUCCGCCUGCAUUGCAGUCUUCUGGAUUUUUGUACACUUCAAAGAGAAGUGCAGCGUUACCAGUCUUCGGUCAAGCUGAAACUUCCACAAAGCUCUAGGAACAAACUAACGUCAGUCCCUUUCAUAUAAAUUAUGAAGUGGCUCAAACUGUCUCGUUAAUUAACAAAAAGAAAGGUUAAACACUCUAAA